CGUUGACCGGGUGAUGUUGUGACAAGGUCCGCGGCGGCCGCUGGCAGCGGGGAGGGGGGAAGAGCCGGUAGGUACCGCAGUCCAGGCCGCGGCCUGCUCGGUGGGAAACUGCAGCCGCCCUGACAAGCGCCCAACCCUAUGGGAGGACUUGACAGAGUGAGCUGAAAAGAAUGGGGCAGAAUGAAGCUCACCAGGCGGAGGAUUUAGAGAAUGAACCUGAUGGUGAUUUAUUAGAUCUGAAGACUCUGGUUGAAGGCCAGCAACAAACCACCAUGAUGAUGGGAGUAAUACUGGGGGCCGGAGUGGCAAUGGUGCUGAUUGCCACCACCAUCCUCAUUGUACACAGACGAUUGCAAGAGAGAAGAAUUCAAGCUCAGGAAACUCCAAAAUACAGAUUCCGGAAGCGUGACAAAGUAAUGUUCUACGGACGCAAGAUCAUGAGAAAGGUGUCACAAUCUACAUCUUCCUUUGUUGGAACUUCGAGGCCAAGAGCAAAAAGGAAACAAAAAAUGCUGAUCAUUGCAAAACGGUUCUUGCACAUUAAUAAGGAAGUUCCAACCCUGCAGCCGAAGGAGCCUCCACCCUCUGUUCUCGAGGCUGACCUGACUGAGUUUGAUGUUGCCAGCUCACACUUACCCCUGGAAGUACUAUACAUGCUGAAAAACGUCAGAGUUCUGGGCCAUUUUGAGAAGCCUCUGUUUCUUGAGCUGUGUAAGCACAUGGUCUUUCAGCAGUUCCAGCAGGGGGAGUAUGUCUUCCGGCUGGGCCAGGCGGACAACAGCAUCUACGUGGUACAGGAUGGCAAGCUGGAGCUCAGCCUGAUGGGAACUGAUGGAAAGGAGUGUGUUGUAAAGGAGAUUUUCCCUGGUGAUAGUGUGCACAGUUUACUCAGCAUUCUCGAUGUUAUUACAGGUCACCAACGACCGUACAAAACUGUGUCGGCUCGAGCUGCUGAAGUUUCAACUGUGCUUUGCUUACCAGUGGAGGCGUUCCAGACGAUUUUUGAGAAGUAUCCGGAAAGUCUGGUCAGAGUGGUGCAGAUUAUCAUGGUGCGGCUACAGAGAGUGACGUUCGUGGCUCUGCAUAACUAUCUAGGCCUGACCAAUGAGCUCUUCAUUCAGGAGAACCAGCCAUCACGCCUGGCUCCCCAACUGAGCUGCACCACCCGGACAAGUCCCAUACGACACAGACGCUUCAUUAGCGUGUCGGUAGCUGAUGAUCAGAAAGAAAAUGCUGGGAAGUUGAUUCCCGAUCCAGGUAUGACCAUGGACCCUGCUUUAAAGGAGCUACCAGACUUCUUAUAUGUAGCAAUAAUCAGAACGGGGACUGAGUGCGAUGACGCUCCUAGCUUAGGGCACAAGAAAGGCAGGAGGCGGCGUUCCACGUUGAAGGGAGAGCGCUCCAAGACGUUGAAGGAGAGGGAGUUGUGUACAGAAUUAGAGGAUGGAACGCUGUGCCAGGAAAAGUCAAAGCCAGAGGAUUCAACAGGAGAGGAAAUUGGCAGAAGGAGACGGGGAUCGAAACGAGUCUCAAUCACCACUGAACAACCUGUUGAAGUAGUUCAGCCUCAUCUAGUAACUAAAUCUAGUACCAGUGAGGGAAAUGUGCUGCCUCUGCACAAGCAAGAGAAGGAAACAAAUCUAGAACCUAGUAAUGAAAACCAAGUGGCUCUAGUAGGAGGUGAAGCACCAAAAGGACCAAUUUUGGAGAAUAAUCGGGGUGCACUGCUGAGCCGCUGUAUAUCCAUGCCAGUGGACAUUUCUGGAAUACAGAAAGGACCUUGUUCAGACUUCGACAUGGCGUAUGAAAGAGGGAGGAUUUCAGCAUCCUUACAAGAGGAUAUUCCAGUGAACCACAUGCCCUUAAGUAGAUCAGCACCGCAAGAGACCAGGGAGCGUAAAUCUGUGACAGUAGAGGAGCAUCCAUCGUGUGUGUACCUUUACCCUGAGGAUGAGACAGAUGAAGUCUAUGGGGCAACUCAGGUCAAACAUGUCGGAACUAUUUUCGAGGAGGCAAAGCAGGAGCUCCUGAAGCUGAUGCGGAUUGAGGAUCCAACGCUUCUUAACAACCGUGUAACCUUGCACUAUGCCAAACCUGGAAGCCUGCUGGCCCGUCAGGGCGACCAGGAUGUCAGUUUGCAUUUUGUGCUGUCCGGCUGCCUGCAUGUUUAUCAACGAAUGAUUGACAAGGAAGACGAUGUGUGCCUAUUUGUGACUCACCCUGGAGAAAUGGUGGGCCAGCUCGCUGUCCUGACUGGGGAGCCGCUGAUCUUUACCGUCAAAGCAAACCGUGACUGCAUCUUCCUCAAGAUCUCCAAAUCUGAUUUCUAUGAAAUAAUGCGAGAACAGCCCAAUGUGGUGCUCAGUGCUGCACACACUGUGGCUGUAAGAAUGUCCCCAUUUGUACGCCAAAUGGAUUUUGCGAUCGACUGGAUGGCUGUGGAAGCAGGCCGCGCCCUGUACAGGCAGGCAGACCGAUCAGACUGCACCUAUAUCGUCCUAAAUGGGCGGCUGCGAUCUGUAAUCCGAAAGGCCAAUGGCAAGAAAGAACUGGUGGGAGAAUAUGGACGUGGAGACCUGAUUGGAGUGGUUGAAGCCCUAACGCGCCAGCCCCGAGCCACCACAAUGCAUGCAGUUCGCGACUCUGAACUGGCCAAGUUACCUGAGGGAACACUGAACAAUAUCAAGAGAAGGUAUCCUCAGGUGGUAACUCGGUUGAUUCAUCUACUGGGUCAGAAGAUCCUGGGUAACCUGCAGCAAGUACACGGGACAUUUCCGGGCACUGGUAUUGGACUGUCAACAGCUAGCAGCGCCGACGUAACAAACCCAACCAGUAACCUUUCCACUGUGGCUGUGCUUCCCGUCUGCGACGAGGUGCCGAUUGCUGCCUUCACCAUGGAACUGACACAUGCACUCAAUGCUAUUGGCCCAACACUGCUGAUGACCAGUGAUAUUAUUAGGCAACGCCUGGGUGCAUCAGCACUGGACAGUAUCCACGAAUACCGUCUCUCAGGCUGGCUGGCCCAGCAAGAGGACAUCCAUCGAAUUGUGUUGUACCAGACUGACUACAGCAUGACACCUUGGACCCAACGCUGUAUUCGACAAGCUGACUGCAUCCUGAUAGUCGGACUUGGAGACCAAGAGCCCAGCUUGGGAGAGCUGGAACAAAUGUUGGAGAACACAGCAGUCCGAGCACUGAAGCAGCUCAUCCUUUUGCACAAGGAAGAUGGCCCCUGUCCUUCCCGGACUGUGGAAUGGCUGAACAUGAGGAGCUGGUGUUCUGGGCACUUUCACAUCAAGUGCCCUCGCAGGAUCUUCUCACGCCGGAGCCUCCAGAAAUUGAGGGAGAUGUAUGAAAAACUAUUUCUGAAAACAGCGGAUCGACACAGCGACUUCUCUCGACUGGCUCGGAUUCUCACAGGGAACACGAUUGCAUUGGUCUUAGGAGGGGGAGGAGCCAGGGGAUGCUCACAUGUUGGUGUGAUGAAGGCUAUGGAAGAGAUUGGAAUCCCAGUCGAUGUUAUUGGAGGAACUUCCAUUGGGUCAUUUAUUGGGGCGUUAUAUGCCGAGGAGCGGAGUGCAGUCAGGACGAAGCAGAGAGCGAGGGAGUGGGCAAAUGCGAUGAACUCUGUCUUCAAGACCGUGUUGGACCUGACCUACCCCAUCACCUCUAUGCUGUCGGGUUCUGCCUUUAACACGAGCAUUGCUGACGUUUUUGAGGACAAACAAAUUGAGGACCUGUGGAUCCCUUAUUUCAACGUGACGACUGAUAUCACUGCAUCUGCAAUGCGAGUGCACAAGGAUGGCAGUAUCUGGCGUUACGUCAGAGCGAGUGCAUCUUACGUGCCUUAUUUGCCUCCUCUCUGUGACCCCAAGGACGGGCAUUUGCUUGUGGAUGGCUGCUAUGUAAACAAUGUCCCAGGCUCGCUGUGGCGGUACGUGCGAGCUAGCAUGUCCCUCUCGGGAUACCUGCCACCACUCUGUGACCCAAAGGACGGACACUUGCUCAUGGAUGGAGGAUACAUCAACAACCUGCCAGCUGACAUCGCCAAAACUAUGGGUGCCAAAACCGUCAUUGCCAUUGAUGUGGGAAGCAGGGAUGAAACUGAGCUGAGUAACUAUGGAGACAGCCUUUCAGGAUGGUGGUUGCUUUGGAAACGCCUAAAUCCGUGGGCAGAGAAAGUUAAAGUGCCAGAUAUGGCAGAAAUCCAGUCUCGACUGGCUUAUGUCUCCUGUGUUCGACAGCUAGAGCUGGUAAAGAACAGUGCAUACUGCGAAUACAUCCGCCCGCCUAUUGACAGGUUCAAAACCAUGGACUUCGGCAAGUUUGAUGAAAUUUAUAAUGUCGGGUACCAGUAUGGGAAGGUGGUGUUCAGUAGCUGGAGCAGGGGAGACAUUAUCGACAAGAUGUUGAAGGACCGAAAGUCAGUCGACUAUUACGAAAUCAAGAAGAAAAAUGCCUUUAUGUCGUCAAACGCUGCAUUCACCGACCUUGCUGAGAUAGUGUCUCGGAUUGAACCCCCAAAGAGCUACAUUGUGGCAGACGCAGACGAAUCAGAUUAUCUGACUGAAUAUGAGGACGAUAUGAUGGAUGCAGUGAGGGAUGAGGAACAAGAUGAGAUUGAGGAGCUGGAAGACCAGGAACAUCCGGUGUCCAACCACCCAGCUACUGAAUGGAGUCAGGAAUCUGCUUUUCAAAUGGAUGAACAGAGUAAUGUAAGAAAUCGCAAACCUGGCAGUUCAUCUCAGGAAGCCCCAGCUGCCUCUUACUGAAACUGAUGCUUAAACUCUGCAGACUCAGCCUGGCUGACAACUUCUGCUACCAUAACGGAACCUAGCGAAACAAAGGGAAUUACAAAAUUAUCCUUGUUGAAUAGCAAAACAUCUCUUGCACCACUCUCUGGGAAUGAGUUUUGCUUAUUGUAUCGUAUCACCUUCUCUAUCAGAGACUUUAUCCCUUCCUGUUUACACAAGCUGGUAUUACCAAGUUGCCAAUGUCGGAUCAUCACGGACCACUGCAGUUGUUUGAGUUUGCCAUCGGUUGCAGGGUUCCUUUUUAGCUUCGUGUGAGCUGAGCUGCUGAAUCCAUGUCCCACUUUGACCCGCAGGCUAAGCUAGGCUGUGUUUGUCCGCUCUGUUAAUCCAGAUUGGCACCAAAUGAAAGAGGAACUCAUUUUUACAAGGACUACUGAUCACUGCCGAUGAUGGCCAGUUUUGUUGACGCCCCUGAAGUGAAUUCUGCACCUCCCGCCCCCACCACCCCACCCAUACUGCCCAUUAUCUUUCAGCAGAGCUCAAUGCCCACUCUGUGUGUUCCCAAUAGUGAGCUACCAGCUGAAUUUACUGUCAGAAGUUCCGGUUAGUAUUCUGAAAAACGAGAGCGAUUUAAUGAUGCACUACUCUUAAUGAGCCACAUUGUGUGGGUUAACUUAUUAGACGAUCAUGGCUGAAUUUCACUCUGAUAUCCCCCAUAUGGUAUAAAUAACACCCAAAUAUUUCUUUCCACACCACUGCAGAAGAGUUACUGUAUUUUUGUGUAAAUACAUCUUAACCCCUCUCCUCCCUUUCCCCCCCUCCCCUCGCUCUCCUCCCUUCUUCCCCAUCCCCACCACAGCAAGUUUCAAAUGGCCCUGACCCCUGUCGGUCUCAGUUAAUGAAACUCAAUCCGGGCCCUGAGGACGGACAUGAAAAUGUCCUACUCACUAUAAACCUGUCAGCCUGUUCCCACAGACAACUUUCCUAUUCCUCACAGCUGCUGGUUUAAAGCAGCGCUGAGGCAGCUGCCAGUCACUUUGAACCCAGUGUGCAGCACAAACUAAAGAGACGGGAAAAAUCUAUGAAACAAGCAUCAGCAAACAAAUAGUUCAAAGACAUGUAACAAUCAAGGAAAACCCCCAGGCAGAACGCUGCUGUUUGUGAUGAUUUAAAUACUGUAAACUAAUAGGAGCUGUUCAGUAAGCACUGGGUAUGGGUGACCCUGAAUCUGAGCUGUUCCAGUGAUGGGCUUGUAACUCACCAAGUCAGGCCGGCUUACUGGGCUAUUGAUGCAAUGAGACUGUAAUAUGGUCCAUUUCCUUUCUGGCACUGAUAAUGUGAUUGAAAUGUUUAUUUUUUAUGGUAAGUUAUUGUUUUGUAGCUCUUUAAUCAUUUACACUGCCCUUAAUCUGUGACUUUAAAUGGCCACUUUAUUCCCUUGACUUUCUCAAGGUGCUGCUUUGUUUAGUUUGAGGGGAGAAUGAUGGUGUUUUUCGAGUGGACUAACAGCAAAGUGUUUUUACUGGAUUUGAUUCGAUUGAGCCCUGGUGCAGAGUGCAUGUGAUUACAGUCUAGUUGCUGCUGUCUUAGGAUUGACCCACCAUUCCACAGGCCUAUCCACACAGCUUGUAUAUGCUGGUUAUUCGGUAGGGCCAAACUUGCCGUCUAACUGGCAGGUAGGCUGACCUUCCAUCUCUGGCACCUGUGCUCAACCAUAAGCAGAGUAAAGGAAGGAGAGGUCCCAUUCAUGGCUGCCUGCAGUGGCCCAGCGUGAACUGAUCUAGGGAACAUCCAACAUCAUUGCUGGUUCAUGCGAAUUUAAGAAACUGAACUGCUAGCUUGCAGUCUUGAUCUGACUUCGAGGUCAGCAAAACUGCAGGUAUGAAGCUCAGAAAAGAUGCAUUGGUGCAAGCGGGGAGUGGUCUUGUUUCAGAUGUGGGGUUAAGGCAUGUUGUUGGAGUGAGCGGCAGGUUGAUUCUGUAUCUGUUGCCUGGUCUGAGAGUGCAUGAUACUGAUAGUGGGUUUAGAAAGAGAAAGGUGGCCUAAUCUUUCACAGUAAAGGAAUUCACCCCUAGCAUAAAACCAAUAGAAAUGUUCAGG